AUGGGACUAGAGGAUUCAGUAAUACUAAUUUCUAGUGAUAAUAUCAAAUUUGAAGUUGCAAGAGAUGUCAUUAUUCUAUCCCCCACCUUAGAAAGGAUGUUAAAUUCAACGUUUUUGGAAAAAGAAGGUCAAAUUAAUUUAUCAAAUAUAGAGGCAGAAAUCUUGUCCAAGGCUAUUGAAUAUCUUAACUACUUGUUUAAGUACAAGGAUAGCGAGCCAGAUGCAGAGAUUCCACAGUUUGAGGUCCCACCAGAGAUAUCUUUGGAAUUAUUACUAGCUGCAGAUUACUUACAAAUAUAA